ACCUGAAGGGAGGAGCUUUUCUGGGGCUGUAUUUGUUACCUGAGCAAUAAGAGACAAGCAGGGUAGCCUGUCUCUGUGCUUGCUAAGCUUGCUGGUAUUCGUUCCUAGCUACUGCUCAUGUAAUGCACUCCCUCAACCAGGAAAUUAAAGCAUUCUCCCGGAAUAAUCUGAGGAAGCAAUGCACCAGGGUGACAACGGUAACUGGAAAGAAAAUUAUGGAAACAUGGAAAGAUGCCAGAAUUCAUGUUGUGGAAGAAGUAGAGCCGAGCAGUGGGGGUGGUUGUGGUUAUGUGCAGGACCUUAGCUUGGACCUGCAAGUUGGCAUUAUUAAGCCAUGGUUGCUCUUGGGGUCACAAGAUGCUGCUCAUGAUCUGGAUACACUGAAAAAACACAAGGUGACUCAUAUUCUCAAUGUUGCAUGUGGAGUCGAAAAUGCUUUCCUCAGUGACUUUACAUACAAGAGCAUUUCUGUACUGGAUCUGCCAGAAACCAAUCUCCUAUCUUAUUUUCCAGAAUGCUUUGAAUUUAUUGAACAAGCAAAAAUGAAGGAUGGAGUGGUUCUUGUUCAUUGUAAUGCAGGAGUUUCCAGAGCUGCUGCAAUUGUAAUUGGCUUCCUGAUGAAUUCUGAAGAAAUCUCAUUUACCAGUGCAUUUUCUUUGGUCAAAAAUGCAAGGCCUUCCAUGUGUCCAAAUGCUGGCUUCAUGGAACAGCUUCGUACAUAUCAAGAGGGCAAAGAAAGAAAUAAGUGUGACAAAAUAUAAGAAUUAAAAGAUGACAACAGUUCAUGAGUUAUAUUUAGCAGAUGAUGGGUAACUAAUUUCUGAGUUGGCCUCUAUAGCUACCUUUUUCCUUUUUUUUUUGGAGCAUAAACCUGUAAACACUCCCAUUUUUCUUGCUUUUUAAAGAUCUACUGUAUAAAUGAAUUUUUUUAAUUAUAUUUUUUUCUUUAAUGUUACAAUGUCUGAUUAAAUGCUGCUUUGAAUUGCUAAGGGAAAAAAACAGGAUAUUAGCCAUCAUUGAUUUCUGUAGGAAAAAAAGGUUUAGAUUUGAAAUCUAUAUUAGAGCAUGGAAAGAAUAAAUCAGUUGAUGAAGUCUCUUUGAAUUUUUCUAUUCCAGCAACUGUUUUCAUGAAGGAGAAAUCUGAAGUGCUGCUUGAUUUACUAUUUCAGAGGGAAGUAAAUAUUUUGUAAAGAAUCUUUUCAUGAUUAAAAUGAAUAGCUUAAACCUCUCAAAAGAAGUAACCUGAAUCUGAAGGUUUACGCAAUGUUUAUAUAAUGGUUAUAAUCACAAAAUGUUUAUGUCCUCUUAUAAAAAUGUAUCCACUUUUCAUUUUAAUUUUUAAAUUUAAUUCUAUUACCUCCUUCCCCUCCUUUUUAAAAAUGUUCUUAUAGAUGCUUUCUCACAUAAUCGUGAGCUUAUGUUUCUUUAAUUAGGUGGCCUAAUCUCUUACACUGUGUGAUUCCCCCCCCCCCACCAGGUACUUUACACCCUGUUUUUGGAUCUCACGUUGUAAUAUUUUGUUCUUGGAUCUGUGGGAAAAGGUUUUAUACCGAAAGAUCAUUGUUUAGAUGUGAUUUGUUCAAUCAAAGAAUUAAAAGAUCUGUUUUCUAGUUUACUACUCUUCUCUAUUAGAGAACUUUUUUUUUUUUUUUUUAAGGAAA